UAACGCAAAACAUGGAAAAACACACUAGAUGCACAUGAUCGUGCAAGGCCUUUGCAAUGCUGAUAUAGUUCACCAACCAUGUGAUGCACUCGCAAUUGUAAUCAGCUUGUGCGUGUUCAUGGGUAUGUAUGUCUUCUUACUUAUUUGAGCGGAGAUCUAUACAUACUCAACGACAACCUCUAAACUCUAAACUCUAAACCGUUACAAAUCAUUGUAAACUUUUGAAGUCUGUGAAAUGAAAAACAUCAAUGACUUCGAUUUAAACGCUACUCCACCUUUCUCAGAAGAUGAAAGUGAAUAUGAUGAAAUACCUUAUUCAUAUACACAUGAUUCUUUGCUUUCACAACAAACCGGUCCAUUCUAUGGUGAGCCAUGUGAAAUAGGGAACUUUAGGUCCACCGGUCCCAUUGGAGUACAUGUAAGUGUUCAUUUGGUUCCAACACUAUCAACAAUUGAUUAUAAGGAAUAUAGAAGACAAGCGAAGAUAGCAAGAGCAAACAGAAAGCAAAUUCGAGCUGAAAAGAAAGCGAAACAAUCAUCAAGUUCUGACAAACCAAGCAAGAAAGCAUAUUCAGGAUGCAACAAAGGUAGUGAUCAAGACAACCACAUCAUUUAUACCCGAGAUAAUGUGAAGCUUCGUAUCUUGCUGCGGAAAAUGUUAACAUAUACCGACGUUGGAUUUCUAGGAAGAAUUUUGCUUCCAAAGAAGGCGGCAGAGCAAAAUCUACCGGCCCUUGCUUCUAAAGAGGGAGUUGAGGUAAUAUUAAGAGAGGUUUAUUCGAAUAAAGAGUGGAAAAUGACAUACAGGUAUUGGGCAAAUCAAAAGGGUAACAUAUAUCUUUUUGAUCAAUGUGCUGACUUCGUGAAGGAAAACUUGUUGAAUGAAGGAGAUCAUCUGGAACUAUACCAUGAUGAACAAAAAAAUCUUUAUUUUACAAUUCAGAAGAAAGAAAAGCAUGGGGCACAACCUUCCAAUUUGCAGUAGAAUUUACAUGAUGCUGGCAGAAAUUAACUGAAGAGGAAGAGUCGUGUUUGAGAAUUUACUCUCAUAAUGAGUUUUUUUUAAUAAGUUUUUAGUACUUUAUUUAAAACUAGAUUUUUCAUUGGGGGCUUAUGUUGGUGCACUUGUGUCUGUACUUUGUCUGUAUUUGGUCACGAUGUAAACGAUGUCCUUGUUAUUGUUGUAAGUUGACCAAGUCAACCAUCCUCCGGUUUGACUUGGACAACAGUUAGUUAAUUUGAUGUAAGUUGUCUGACUCGAAGGAUGAGUGAUCGAAGGAUAAUGUAGAUCCUUCGAUCACCUCGAAAGAUAUGCUUCGAUUGAUAG